AUGGGUCUUAAAAAAAUUAUCAUUCCAAAUUCUGUUAAAUCAAUAUUAAAUGAAGCAUUUGAAAAUUGCAUCAAUCUAAAUGAAAUUCAACUUUCGAAUAAUUUAAAUUUCAUCGGAGAUUAUUGUUUUACGGCAACUGCUUUAACUUCAGUAGAAAUUCCAAAAUCGUUGAAGACUAUUUCCCAUGGUGCUUUUUUGGGUACCCAAUUAACAAAAAUAACAUUUAACGAUGUUGAAAUUAUAAUGGAUUGGGCUUUUGCAAGUUGCCAAAGUUUAGAGUCUGUGGAAAUACCAAACACCAUUAGAAUAAUUGGUUAUGGUGCAUUUAAAAAUGGAGUAAGAUUAAAAUCAGUUAUAAUACAAUCGCAAAACCUACAAUUGGGAGAAGAUAUUUUUAAUAAUUGCAUUGGUUUAUCAAAAGUAGAUUUGUUUAAUGUAAAUAUAACCGAACUUAGUGAAAAAAUGUUUGCUAAUUGCAAUAUUUUAACAAUUGUAUUACUUCCACAAAAUCUUACAAAAAUUCCAUUCGGAUGUUUUGCAAAUUGCUCUUUACUUAAAAGUAUUGAUUUUCCAAAAUCACUUGAAAUAAUUGGAGAAUAUUCAUUCUUUAAUUCCGGAUUAACAAACAUUGUUCUCACAGAAAAUAUUACUGAGAUUUUAUCUCAUGCAUUUUCAGGUUGUAAAAAUUUAACAACAAUUGAAGUAAAAAUCAAUAAACAGACUAUAAUUAAUGAAACAGCAUUUUCUGAUUGUGAUUUUAUUGAAUCUAUAUCAAUUAAUUCGAGCUUUGUCAAAUUAUUUGAUGAUAAUAAUUUGAAACUAAAGGUUCAAAGUAUCUACUUUAAUUCAGAGUCAUUUGUAGAUUAUCCUAAGAUAAAUGAUUUCCAAAAUUUAUCAUUUGUCAAAUUUGAUAAAUGCAAUUCUGAUGCAAGUAUACCUGCCGAAUUCAUUACCAAUACAAACAAAUCAGUCACGAUAGAAAUUCAAGAUAAUUUGACAAAAAUCAAUGAAAACUCUUUUUCGAAGAUAAGUAUAAAUGAAUUCUUUUAUUGCGGUCAACAAAUAAUACCAGGGAAUUUUCUCGCCAAUUCCAUAAAUGUAAGUAAUGUUGAAACAUCAAACUAUUAUCCAUUAAAUAAAAUUGGCGGAUUGAAAAUCAAUUAUAAACAUAGUAAUAGAUGUCCAUAUCAUAAACCAGAAAGCAAACUCAAAACAUGGCAUAUUACCCUUAUUUCAGUUGGAGGCUCCUUAAUUUUAAUCGGAGUUAUCUGCGGUUUAGUCUAUUUCUACAUAGUUAGAAAGGCUCAGAAAAAGCUUGAAGCCAAAAGUGAAUUAGAAAAAGCUGUUUUAGAUGAUUUUGGAUGA